UCAUUGCGGACCCAACUCUCCUUGUAGACCAAUUUACACAACAAAACUGCUUUAUCAUCUUCGUAUUGUUAGAACCAGUCAACAAAAUACAGCCACCUUCAACAAUUAAACGUUUAAUUUGUAAGUGAAUUCCCUAGAGAAAAUGGCAACGGAAAUUUCAAGAACAGUACUGUUUCACUUCUUGUUUUCAGGUUUAACAUUUACAUUCCUCGUUACUCUUGCCAUUUCCUCCGACCCUUAUUUACUGCAUUCUUGUGCAAACAACACCGGCAACUACACCGCCAAUAGUGCUUACGAGCGUGACCUCAAUACCAUCUUCAAACAGAUCACCUCUAUUACGAAAUCGAAUUACGGAUUUUACAACAAGAAAGUAGGCGAAGUCAACGCCAUGGCACUUUGCAGAGCAGAUGUUAAGCUAGAUGUUUGCACUGGUUGUUUAAAUGAAACUAUAUCAAGGGUCAAGCUGGAUUGUCCUAACAACAAAGAAGCCAUCGGAUGGUCUGCGAAUUGCACGUUACGGUACUCGAACACAAACCUCUCCGAGAAGUUGGAAAUUAAUCCUCAAACCUGUCCAUAUAAUACAGGAUCUACGGCUGAUGAGUACUUUCAGCUCAGACUCGGAGAGUUGUUGAGUGACCUGCGUAAUAAAGCAGCAGCAGGGGGUGCUCUUCUUAAAUACGCAGCAGGUGACUCGUCGCUCAGGGCUUCGGAAAGGUUAUACGCUCUAGUGCAGUGCACUCCUGAUUUGUCUGAGGGAGACUGCAAUCAUUGUCUUGAUAAGGCGGCAACUGACGGGAUUCGGUGGUGUUGCCUUAAGCAGAGGGGAUGCCGGGUCCUUAGUCCUAGCUGUAACUUGAGGUUCGAAACAUAUCCCUGUUGUUCCUAUAGGGUAGGAAGCGUGUAAAUUAUUGUACUAAAAAAUCACACAAAGUUCAAUUUCCAGGGAAGUGAGGUGGAUCACAUGGAUCUCUUAAA